AUGGCCACAUACGGUACGUUUGGUGGGGACGCGGGACGGCAUCCCGUGCCUAGAUCUGAGGCGCCAUGGGAGAAGCUAAAGGCUGAGUCGUAUUCCCUUUUCUUGAAGCUGAGCGAUUUGCCCAAGGGGACGUAUGAUGAGUUUGAAGCUUCGUGGGCGGACAAAGAGAAUGGCGAGUUCAAGGGCGGGCUGGGCGCGGUGAUUAUAGUGAGGUACACUGAGACGCCUGUUGGUAUGUUUGAC